CGGAUUUCACGGAGCCAACAGUGCGCGGACCGCCAGCACGCGACGCGGUUGCUCCGACGCGACGCCACGCGACGCUCUCUGCGCCGAUCGCCAUCGAACGCCCGUCGAAUAACUCCGAAAACCUGCUAUCGCUUCCUCGAGAAGCAGCUUUCUUCACCGCGAAGCUCCUCGACCGGGAGAAUCCCGAAAAACGCGCGGAAUCUCGGAUUCCCGGCCAGCGAAAGCGAGCGGUCCCCGAUCUAGACACCGUCGAUCCGUCGAGCUCCGCCAGCUUCAGGGACAAGAACGAACGGUUUCUCAUCUCGCGAUUGAUAAAAAAACGGUCGCGGCGGUCGCUUUUGUGGCGGCAGGGUCGAUGAUGACCGCGCGUGGUUCGUCGCCGACCGAGGAAACGCUGACAGGCGAUCGCGGCGCGGCGCUCGAUCGGCGCGGAUCCUAGAGGAUCUCGGUGGAUCCCGCGGGUCCGGGGGUCCUGGGAGGGAUCAGGGGACCCUGGAAGAGACGGUCGAAGGAUAUAGCAGUCGAGAGGAGCGCAAUCGAGAGGAAAGUAAUCGCGAAACGAUGGCUGUUCGCCGCGCGUCCGCGCAAAUAUUUUACGGACGGGCCCCAGGGACGCUCUGAAACGUGUCGAUCGAGGCGUCGGUUGCACGGUUUCAACGCGGAUAGGAACAGAGCAAACAGCGCGGAGAGAGAGAGAGAGAGAGAGAGAGAGAAAGGGACUUCGUCGAUCGGUCGUCGAAAGGGAAUCGUCCCUUAAAAAGUGACGCGUUCGCCGACGAAUCGCGUCGUCGGAAAUAAAUUGGUUCGAGCAGCUGGGAAAUCGCUGGGGAACGUUGUCCACGGACGGCGCCUGGAAGGACUGUCGACUUCGAUUCCGCUUCGAGCUGCACACUCGAGGAAAAUGCGGCGCUCGGCGAAAUGUUCCUGCGUUUUACGAUGAAGAGGAGCCAGGAUGACGCCUUGAGUCGUCGGAACAACGACGGCGACUGAUUAUGACGCGCGUCCGCACGCGCCGCGAUCUCUCUCGUCUCCUCCUGCCAUUCUCACCCUUCAAGACCCUUCAUCUUUCUCGCAGCCUGACUCUCAUCCUCCUCGGCCUGGCCUGCGCUCGCAGCGUGCUGCCCUGCAACGAAACCACGAAGUCCCGGAGCGAGGACACGGUCGGCCCUCGUCUAGGCAACGUCACCGACGAACAAGAUCUCCAAAGUGGCCCUGAAGACGUCGAGGACUGGACGCAGCUAGAUCGAAACGAGGAUCGGAACUCCGACGCGGCGGACCAGCCGAAAGUCGAGCAGAUCCUGUACAGAGCGGAUCAGCGGCUGCAAAUAUCUGACGAAAGUUCCGUCGCAGUUUCAACGGCUGGCGAGCAUCUCGAGAACUCUGUAGGGUACUCGCGGCUGAUCGAGAUCACCGUCGGGACUUCGGGGAGCCGUUACGAGACCCUCGGCCGCCACGAAAGGCGAAAGUCCCGGCGGGAUGGGAUCCGCGCUUCGACUUGGCCCGGCGUAGAUCUCGGCGAUUACAUCGAGCCGAGGGCGAAGAGGAACUUCCGGAACGGUAAAUUAGGCGCCAAAGGCGCGAAGUCGGAGCUCGAAGAAGCGGAUCCCGAUUGCGAGGACUGCGAGGACGAGGAGUCGGCGAGCACCGAGCCCGACAAAGUGACCGGCAGUCCCGAGCCGAGCGAGAACAAUCGAACCGGAGAUGCCGUCGGCUCGACGGAGGUCGACGGCGAGCUUCCAGCACCGGCGAGCAACGGUAGCAACGAGGAGCCGUUCACGGGGUUCGAGGGUUCCCAGAAGUUCCCCAUAAAAGUGACCUACAAGCCCGCGGUGAUCCCUCAAGUGGAGAAGUUCGACAGAAGACACUUCGGCCCGCCGAAGAUGGACGACACCGAGACCACCCUGGCUGUGUUCCCGACCACCUUGUCCCCGGAUCUGCCGAAGAGUCCCGGGAAGGACGUGCUCCAUCGGCACAGGAAGGUCGACGAGGUCACGGAAGAGGAGCGGAGGCAGGAGAUCGUCGACGCGGUCGAGAACGCGAACGACACGGACGAUCUUUGGCUUCCCGGCGCCUCUUCCGGUCGCAGAUCCUCCAACAUAGCUGCGGGGAAACCCGCCGCGGAGGAGAAACGGGCUACCACAAUGCUCCCUGCGUCGACCGCCGGGGGUGAGAAGGCCAGCGGCGGCACCCUGCCGGCGACGGAAUCGACCGAGAAGAUAAACGUGACCAUCCUCGGCUUGUUCGAGAUGACGCGGGGAUUGGAGCCCAGGCCAGAAGGACCCAGCGAGCUGCAGGCAGCCAGGAUGGCCGUCGAGCAUGUCAAUGAGAUGAACAUGCUGUCCAGGUUCAGGCUGAGGCUCGUCCACAACGACACCAAGUGCGAUCCCGGCGUGGCGGUUGAUAGAUUCUUCCACGCUCUCUACUCGGCGAAGAAGAACGAUCUGAUACCAUUGCUGCUGGGCACCGCCUGCUCCGAGGUCUCCGAGACCUUGGCGAAGAUCGUGCCCUAUUGGAACGUGAUCCAAAUCUCAUUUGGAUCUACCGCACCUGCUCUCUCGGACACCACGGAGUUCCCGUUGUUCCUGCGAACCGUCGCACCCGAUUCCAGUCACAACUCGGCCAGGAUCGCUUUCAUCAAGCAUUUCGGAUGGGACACUGUCACCGCCCUGUCGCAGACAGGCGACAUGUACUCGCUGGCUGUGAACGAUCUGGUCACGGAACUGGAGCAGGCGAACAUCACGUGCACAGCGACGAUCACGUUCGCGGAGAACGAUUAUAAGGAACAGCUGCGGACUUUAAAAGAAUUGGACACUCGAAUCAUCAUCGGGAGUUUUUCGCCGCGGCUGGCGCCCCAAGUUUUCUGCGAGGCGUGGAAGCUGGGGAUGCACGGCGGCGACUACGCGUGGAUCCUGCCGGGUGAUACGAUCGACUUGUCAAUAAUCGCCGGGGAUUGGUGGCACUCCGGACCAGAGGAGUGCACGGCCUCGCAGCUGUCGCAAGCUCUGAACGGGUUGAUCAUCGUGAAGAGCUUCGGCUCUGCCAUGGGGGACGAGAUUAGCUCAUCGGGCCUGACAAGCAGCAAAUUCGUCGCGGAAUUAGCCAGGCGAGGCGUGGCGCAUUCGAAAUUCGCCGCGCAGACCUACGACGCUGUCUGGGCGAUGGCCCUCGGCCUCGAGAAGACCGAGGCCCUUUUGAACAAAGAGAACGCGUCCGUGGCGCAGUACAGCCACACGAGGAAGGACAUCGCAACGAGACUUCUGGACCAGCUGAAGCUUCUUCGCUUUAUCGGAGUGUCGGGGCCAGUGUCGUUCGACGGAGCGGACCGAGUCGGUAUCACGGCGUUCUAUCAGAUGUACGACCACGUGAUCAGGCGGAUAGCGAUUUUCAGUCCGGAGGACGGCAAGCUGAUAAUGAAUUGUCCACGAUGCGCAAUGACGAAAUGGCCCGGCGGACAUCCUCCCGCGGCGCGAAGGGUUUUCCGGUUGCGGGUGGUGACCGUGGCACCUGCGGCUUUCCUCGCGGUCACAUGCAUCGCCAGCGUCGGCGUCACUCUCGCACUCGCGUUCCUCGCCUUCAAUCUGCAUUUCCGCAGGCACAAGAGCAUCAAACUUUCGAGCCCGAGGCUGAACAAUAUGGCAGCCGUUGGCUGCGGUCUGGUUUACGGUGCGGUGAUCCUUCUGGGCCUGGACCACGCCACCCUGCCGGACAGCGACGACUAUUAUCCAGCCGUGUGCACGGCCAGGGUCUACCUGUUGUCCGCCGGAUUCUCGUUGGCCUUCGGCUCGAUGUUCACCAAGACGUACCGGGUGCAUCGGAUAUUCACGAAGAGCAGAAGCGGCGUCGUCAAGAAUAAGCUUCUUCAAGACACGCGACUGAUAAGCCUGAUCUUCGUGCUGCUGCUGAUAGACGGCCUCGUGGUAACCUUGUGGGUCACUUUCGACCCGAUGCAGCGCCACUUACGGAACCUGACACUGGAGAUUAACCCGCAGGACAGAGGCGUAGUGUACCAGCCCCAGGUAGAAGUGUGCCACUCGCAACACACCAACAGCUGGCUCGGCGCACUCUACGUCUACAAAGGACUGCUGCUCAUCGUCGGCGUCUACAUGGCCUGGGAAACAAGGCACGUGAAGAUACCGGCGCUGAACGACUCCCAGUACAUCGGCAUGAGCGUCUACUUCGUCGUGAUCACGUCCGGCAUAGUCGUCGUGCUGGCGAACCUGAUGUCAGAUCGCGCGACCCUCGCAUUCGUCACAAUCACCGCCCUGAUUCUCGCAUCGACCACCGCGACCUUGGCGUUGCUAUUCCUCCCGCAGCUGGCCAAUAUCUUGGCCGGCGAGAGAGCCGAUCCCGUCGUCCAGAGUCUCGGAUUGAAGAUUGAAUGCAACACCAGGAGAUUUGUCACCGACGACAAGAACGAGCUGCAGUACCGGGUCGAGGUGCAGAACCGCGUGUACCGUCGCGAAAUGGCGCAGCUGGAGCUGGAGCUGGCCAGAUUGGAGAAACAAUUGGCGCAGGAGCCGGUCGAGCCGUCGCACGCUUCGUCGAGCGCGUCGAUUCCGCAACGGAAUCCGAGCAUCGGCGGCGGCCUGCCUUUGUUGUUGCUCAGCGUCCUACCGCCGGUCAUACCGAGGGCUAGCUGGCCAUCCGCCGAUCCAUCCGGAAUGCGCCGAGGUACGGUAGCGUUUAGCAGCCAGCCAGAUCUGGAGCCGGACGGUCCCAGGAGGAGUUUAGCAGACCUCUACAAGCUCCAUCGAAGAAGGGAGACCGAAGGGCCGAGCCGUUUAGGCGUUUUCCAGAGACUGUUCAGUCUGUUCGGCAGUCGGCCCGCCAGCAGGAAGACCUCCACCGCUUCGUUCACCGGAGUGGCGUCAGCGCUGCGAGUACACAUGGGAUACAUCGCUGGCCUGGUGCCCGGCACGAAAGCCGCGUCCACCUGUCAGGUGAAUGCCCAAGGCGCCCGUCCACCUCACCCCCGUUGCGGCUCAGGACCAAUCAUUAGUAUUACUAGCGAAGAAGAUCGCCGACUAAGCCUCGGGCUGCGUCGCAAAGAGAGCAGCGAGCCCAGAGUCAAUUUUAGCCUGCCGCCUAAAGCGAGCACCAGCCAAUCGUCCUCCCGGGAGAAGAUCCGAGGAUCGCCGCGGUUCCCUCAUCGGAUAGUCCCGGCGAACAGCCUAAACGCGAUCGCUUCCGGUUCAUCGAUAUCGAAGUCGCAGCGCUGGCACUCGAUGGAGGACGCGAGGAAAGCGAGACCCUCUCAGGCCCUCGGAGGAUCGUCCUGCAGCCCUGUCUGCGACGUGUGGGCCUCUAACGAGCUCGGGAUCCCAUUGGACGAACUGGGGACUGGAGCUCGGGUCAAAAAGCCGCCGGAUUCGUUGGCGUUGCCCGGCCCCGCGGACGCGGAAUCGAACAGCUGCGACGACGCGAGACUCGGCGACGACGAUCCCAGCAAUCUUUCCAGGACGAGCGACGCCCCCGGGACCGGAAGUCCUGCCGAAUCGGAGGCAAAAACCGCCCCGUCGUCGCCUGGCAACGCCAGGACCUCCUCCGACGAGGACGUCGCAUCCUCAAUGACCGAAACCUGCCCGAAACCCGAGCCGGACGCUGGCGCGGACGCAGCUCGGGACAAUCCUCGGCUGCCCAGCCGACCUUCCAGCCCUAUUGUUCACGUGACGAACGCGGACGAACCGGAAGGAACGAAGCAAACGGACGGGGAAGCGACCGGCGAAUGAAGUUCGAACGCGAAGUCACGGUGGACCAGUCUUUUCUGCCGAUCGACGAGUCCUGACGGUGCUGCGAACAGCGUCGGCCGGAUAAAACGUGGCGUUUCAAUCGAUCAAGGGAAACGCCGCGGUAUUUGUACCAGCGGGAACUGGUCGGAACACGUCCCAGGACCGAAUAGAUAAAUAUGUUCGUCGUCUGUACGAUAAUUGUUUGAAUAACGUUCCGAAAACUGCGGUGCGAAAGUCUCGAAAUCAAUGCGAGACGAGAUUCGAGUGUUCAAUCGUAGGCGGGACACCCUGUAUAGCAACAGAGAAAUUUUGUCUUGGCGACGGCACGCUGCAGAUUUUAGGUCAAGUCACCCCGUUGUUUAACCCUUUGCACUCGAAGCUAUUUGAACAGCAGACUUCUGACCUAGAAUAUCUCCAUUCAAGCGCGAUUCUUUUCUUUGUCAAAUUCCGGCGGACGGAACGCGGAAAGAUAAUUUGCGAAGAAACGAGAUCCCAUCCGAUUAUUAAAAAAAAAGAAAAAGAAAAAAAGCGAGCGUUCGCGCUAUUGAAUUUGCGGCUGAAAAGGUUUUUUUAUCCGGCUGGUCCUCGCCUCGGAACGCGUCGCUUCGCGAGCGAGAGAAAAACGGCCCGUAAAAUAGGCCGCGCGGGGAGAAGUCGCGCUCGAAAUCGGCCGUGAUCUUCUUCUGUCCACGUUUCCGUUCCCCGAAAAGGAUCGCGCGAGAUCCUCCGCGCACGCGACAAUCUUCCGUGUAUCCACUAUCCCCCGUGUGUACAGGAUCAAAAGCUCAAUCGAGGCUCGAACAAAAAUUCGCUCGAGACCACGCGCGAAUAACGGCGUUCCCUCCGCAGCGUGUUUGUCGCCGUCGCUUCUCUAACGGCGGGAACGCCCGUGGUCGAUGUUUUCAAUGAAAUUUAAUCGUGUGUGUUCCGUAGCGAGUUGUGCCAAAAAGAGACACGCGAAAAUCCAGGACCCGUAAAAGUAUGCACAGCGGACCGAGAGGACUAAAAUCGCAUGGAUCGUGGUGGGACCAAAGCAACCGACAACAAAUCCUUGAGUUCGUUGCGCGAAAUUAUUUUUAAUAAACGUUUGAAAGUUCAAGAAGUAAUUGUUACUCGAUCGAGGACGCGAGGCCGUUCACCGAUUUUCAUUCAGUCCGCGAACAUCGUUCCGCGCGUACUUGCACGGAAAUAGAAAGAAAAUAUGUACCGGGAAAGAGAGAACCGCGGAGGAGAGCCAUGAACGACGGGAGACGAGCUGACAGUACUCUUACAGGUCCAACAUCAAAGUGUUCAGAGCGCCCUAUAUAUACCCUUCCUUCAGUACCUGCAUUCGAUGUAAAGCAAAGAAGAAAAAUCUAGAAAGAAGUAUAA